AAGUUCUCUCUCUCUCUCUCUCUCUCUCUCUCUCUCUCUCAGUGCAGAAAAAUGGCAAAGGCUAGUAUUUCAGUAGAUCAGUUAUCAGUAGAUCAGUUCAGUUGUCCAGUGUGUCUGGAUCUCCUGAAGGUUCCUGUACUGUAACUACUCCCUGUGGACACAGUUACUGUGAGGUGUGUAUUAAUGGCUACUGGGAUCAGGAGGAUUUGAAGGGCAUCUACAGCUGCCCCCAGUGUCAAGAAACUUUCACUCCAAGGCCUGUUCUACACAGGAACAACAUGCUGGCUGAAGUGGUGGAGAAACUGAAGAAGACUGCACUUCAAGCUGCUUCUCCUGCUCACUGUUACACUGGACCUGGAGAUGUGGAGUGUGAUUCCUGCACUGCGAGAAAGCGCAAAGCCAUCAAGUCCUGUCUGAAUGAGCUAAAGGAGGAGCAGAUGAAAUCCCAGCAGAGGAUCCAGGAGAAGCAGAAGGAGGUGCAGGAGCUGAAACAGACUGUGGACACUAUUAAGCGUUCUGAGAUCUGACAGAAAAUGCGUGCGGGCCCUUUAAGAAGAUGGCGGACGGCGGGAUUGUGAGCUGGAGGGGGGAACGCGUUUCAGGGGGAAGCAUUAAACCCAGCGGCUGCAGCCUCAGCAGUUCGCUCAGAAUGAAGAGGCCCAAUGCAGCAAGGCUUCAAUAAGCCAGUGUGUUGCUGCCCAAAGCUGAGGCUCUCCAGUCGGUUUAAAGGGUCAGUAAGCAUCCUCCGGCUCAUCCGCGGGCUCUCCCGGAUUUAAGGCAUCACUCCUGCACCGACUGAGAGCCUGCAGCCACUGGAGGAGAAAGGAGACUCGGAAGGUACCCUGGAGCCGGUCAACACCUGAGAAACACACACAGGUUAAACUAAAGGGGAGUCUGUAAGGAGGACGAGGCUUCCUGGCUGCCUGAUUCACUUCUCCAGCCCUGUAUCCCAUCUGCGCUGGAUUUAUUUAUUCAUCGAGGGGGGGAGGAGGCUGAUAGACCUCGGAGCAUGAAGCCGAGCUGCUGAGACGGCGCUCACACACACUCCGCUUACCCGGCUGGAUGUGUGUGUCCCUUGCCGGAGUCCAGAGCCGAAAACACCACGGCGGCCUCCCGGAGCCCAGCGGAGAUGCCCACCGAGACGCUGCCGCCAGAUAGCAAGGCAUUGGGUGCCGGUGGCGCCGUGGCAUCGGCCGUACCCCUCAGAAUCCUAAACAAAGGUCCUGAAUACUUCAGACGAGCAGCCGAGCCCAACCCAAAGCGCCUGAGUGCUGUGGAGCGACUUGAAGCUGACAAAGCAAAGUAUGUAAAGAGCCAGGAAGUGAUCAAUGCAAAGCAGGAACCGGUGAAGCCGCAGGUGCUCGCAAAACGGAGCCCAGGGGUGAGUUCGGUUCUCAAAGCCUCGAAUAAUAACGCCAAGUCGGACACCUGCGCCAGCACAAAGCGUGAAAAUCUCAACCUGGAGAUCCUGAAAAACCUGCUCAACAGUUCAUCUUCAGCAGAAGGACCUGCUAAAAGCUCAGUGGCCAGGAGUUGGGCGCCAGAAUCCGGGCAUCGCUCCUUUCCUGAGUCCCUAAAUGUCCCAGCUGCAGCAUUUCAGGGCCGGAAAAGUCCCCAGAACCUGAACCUAAGUCGUGGACUUAUGGAGAACCACGGGGGGGCUGAGGGUGAUCGUUUACCACUCCAUGCCUCUCAGAGCUCCUCAGACAUCCGGCGGCUGUGUAACGGGAAGCCGUUCCGUUCGGGGCGCAGCAGCAGCAGCAGCUCGGCUCCUCCGCUGCCCCCAAAACCGAGUGCGAAGGCUUUAGGAAUCUCCGACAACACAAAAUGUCCAGCUGAAACAGAACUAGAAGUUCGCCGGCCCUCACUGCAUCGCUCCAAAUCGGACUUGAGCGACCGCCUGGCUCGGUCCGGUGCAGACGCGGAGAGGUUCUUCAACUACUGCGGCCUGGAACCGGACGAGCUCGAUGGUUUCGUUGAAGGCUUUGGACGUGCCAGCUCUGAUAUCGUAUCACUGAACUUCCGUAGCGCCAGCAUGAUCAGCUCGGACUGCGGCCGCUCGCGACACACCGACGACAACGAUGACCUUUCCAACGAAGACGAGGAUGAGGAGGAGCGCGUGCCCUACGGGAUCUCUGCUGUUGAGCGCAACGCUCGCGUCAUCAAGUGGCUCUACAGCAUCAGACAGGCGCGAGAAUCGCAGAAAGUCUCGCACGUUUGAGGUUCCAGGCUCUCACGUGUCUCAUUCCUGACUCAGUAUUUCAACAAUCAAGAGCGCUGUCUUGAAGGAUUAACUGAUGAAACAAAGCCGUUGGUUUUUUUUUUUUCCUUUAUAGGUUUACAGCUUUUCUUUCUUUCUUUUUUAGUCGCUUCCAUGUCUUCAGAUUCUGCAUGACCUCUUCAUACAAAUCACAGAUACCCCACGGCAUGCCAUGUGUCCGUUAAAAGGUGGCCAUUUUCCCAAAUGGCUCCAGCUCCGAGUGGGUUUAUCGUUCUGUUCUUUCUGCCUCUGUACGUCAGCUAGCCGUGUCUCCGAUCGUUGUUUUCUGUCUGUUUGGUCGCACUGAGCCAGGAAGCCAUAUGGGAAUGAAUGCAGAGCAUCAGUGUCUUUUUUAGAUGUCUUUCCUUUUUUUUUAGUUUUCUCUCUUUCCUUUUUUAAACCUGUGUGUGUGUGUGAAUCAGUGUUGCCGAAGCAUGUCGUCUGAUCCUGAAAAUAACUUCUUUUCAAAAGUAUUGGCUUCCAUCAGGAGUGUUACGCACCGCAUCGUGGAGUUACUUCUCGGUUAGUCUUCAAUAAAGUUCUUGUCCUGAUGGUACUACUUGUUUUGUUCAGUGUAAAUUCUGUAAGAAAUAUGUAUAUAAUUUUGAAUUCCUUCAAAUCAAAACAAAAACAGAGGGGAAAAAAAGCCCUGGUGUUGUGUGAUGAAGAUCCUGCUAUGCUGUUCCAUCCCGUAGCUCUCGCGCUGGUCUUUCCCUCGGGUUAUUUUGGGUUCGCAUCACCAGUCUGUGUCCAUGAUCGACUCUGUACAUCACUGUUCUUAUAAUGACAUUAAAUGUAAGUUUUAUUCCACCUGGAGUUGUUCCUGAAA